GGCUUGAUUUCUGUGUGGCAUUCGUGCACAUUCAGGACCUCCGUGAAAAGUAGUCUCACUUUUUUUUUAUAGUGUGCUUUUUUGAAUGCUAUUCUCCAGUGGUAGUGGUCCCACUGGUUUCUUUUUCAGAAAAUGUUACACAGUUUUACACACUCUUUGUCUUCGGGCAGUCUUAUCAUCUUACGCCACACUUUCUGCUUGCACUUCUCACCCGCAUGUUGUGUGUAUUUCUAUGGAUGCAGUGAGAUUUGUUAUUCAUCACACAAUCAGCAAAUCUGUCGAAUCAUACUACCAGGAAAGUGGUCGAGCUGGUCGAGACGGUCUUCCUUCUCGAUGUGUGCUAUUUUAUCGCUGCGCUGAUCUCCCUCGACAGAGCUCUAUGGUGUUUGCUGAAGCAGCAGGUCUUCACAACCUGUAUUCCAUGAUCCGGUUUUGUCAGGGAUGUGUGACAACUGUGCGGAUCCCAGGCCAGUCGUUGACAAAGAUGUUACAGAGGGCCAAAGGUAUGGAGGAUCAGAGUGGGGGCGUAGAGUAUGAGGGACAGGAUGAAGGGACAGAUGGAUGGACUGAUGGAUUGACGGAUGGAUGGAUGAAUGGAUCGAUGGGUACAUGGAUGGAUGAUGGACAGAUGAAUGGAUGGAUGAAUGGAAUAUUGGAUGGACAGAGUUGGCAUUGCGAAGGAGGGAGGUGGGGCGGCGUCACAGAGGGAAGGAUGGAGGGACAGAAUGAGGAUGGGAGGGAGGGACAGAGUGAAAAACAGAUGGAGCAAGACAGAUGGAGGUCGGGGUAGGGGAAAGGUGGACAGUGUAUAGAGGGAGAGAGAAACAGAUAGAUUGAGUAACGACGGCAUGUGGAGUAUGGAAAACGGGAGGAAAGAGGGGUGAAUGGACUGAUGGGUAUAUACAAAGAAAAGGACACAAAAUUGGUUUCAGGGCCUUCGGGCAACCUCACAGUCCUUCGAUGCCAGCCUGAGCAAAUGAACAAUCCAUUUGUCA